AUGGAGAACCCACAACGCGAUUUUCCAGACGUGCUGACAGCUCUCACAACCUCCCGUAGCCCUGCUGAUUUGCGUGCAGCUGUGAACAAAUUCUACAUGCACAACGCCUCUUUGCACCACCCUUUCAGGGUCGUAGAGCACGGAAGAAACUCAAGCCAGAAAAUCUUGGGCAUGUACGAGGGGUACCGCAUCAUUAGCCCCGACACUACUAGUAAUGUGGACUCAGUGUGUUAUGAUAAGAAACGUCAAGUUCUUGUUGCUGAGGUAACUCAGCACUUUCAUGUUCGAAUAAGCCCUUUCAAGGCAGCCCCGUCUCGCUACAUCAUGCGUAUCAAACUCCAGGAGCGAGACAAGUUAUUUUAUAUCUAUGACCAAGAAGAAUUCAUGCACCCCACGGACUUGAUGAAUUCAGUUCUGCCGCCUCUUACUCCGCUGGUCCGGCUUGCACUU